AUGCUGGAUGCUACGGUGCGGACGCGGUCCUGGACGGAUGCCUGGGAUGUCUUAGACCUUCUGCUCCGAUGCGGCCGGAAGGCAGACAAGUACUUCGUCUCCAUCUUGACGAAAAGCCUCGAGUCCUCCACGGAUAAGCGCAGCGUGCGCCGGGGGAUUAGCCUCGUGGAGGCCUUCAUAGACCAGCAGAAGGAGGACGUUGAUGAGAUCGUCUUCAACUCCUUGCUGAACGUUUUGGGGCAGACUGGUGACAUGGUGAAGCUGCAGCAGACGCUGAACAAGAUGAACGACUACGGGGUUGCACCCUCUGCUGUUACCUUUGGCACCGUGGUAAAGGCCUACGGGCGAGCCAGGGACACCGACUCGGUCAUCAAAGUUUGGCAUCAGAUGCGCAGUCGGUGCUUGGGAAUCAACCCGGUCACAUGCGGUUGCGUGUUAGAUGCCUGUGUGAAAUGCAACAGCCUGGACAAAGCGAUGGCAAUCUUCCAGGAGAUGCGCAUGCAGGGCAUGCACAAGAACACAGUUCUGUAUGCGACGUUGAUCAAAGGCCUCGCGAAGAUGCGCGACCUGCAGGGAGCCAUGAACCUGUACCACGAGAUGCGAAUGGAGCAGGUGCCGUGCAACCUCGUCACUUUCAACUCUCUCAUGGAUGUCUGCGUGCGCUGCAGUGAUCUUCAGACGGCUGCAUACUUCUUGCAGGACAUGAUGCAGAUGGGCAUCGAACCCGACCUGAUCACCUUUAGUACCCUCAUCAAGGGCUACAGCCAAAUCGGGCAAGUGCACAAGGCUUUGGCCCUCUGGAAAGAGCUGAAGGCCAGGAACCUGAAGUGCGACGAGAUCAUGUACAACAGCCUCAUCGACGGCUGCGCCAAGUCCCAGAAGUUUCUCGGUGUUAG